GACUCAACUCGACUCGUAUAUAAGAAAAAAUUCAGUGGGUUGCAAGGCGAACGCAGGCUGAGCAGCAACAACAUCGCUUUGGAUAUCUUCAGCGGAAUCAAAGAGCAACUUUCAAGUUGCCCCGAACGCACCCGCGCCCUCUGUCGAACUGUAUGGGGCGCGGUAUCCACGUCCCUUAGCACAGCGCUAACGGUAGCGGCGAGCAUCGAGGCAGGCGACGCCCGCGACGACGGUGGGGGGAGAGGGAGAGGGCGAAGUGGUGGAGGCGGAGGUGGCGCAGGCGGAAGCGGCGCAGCAGCAGCAGUAACAGCAGCUGGCAGCGGCCGCUUUGCAACCAUAAUGGGCGCAGUCAAAUCACGCAACAUCAGCAACUCUGAUGUGGAUCGAGAUCGAGAUGAGCAGCAGCAGCAGAGCACACAACACUCAGUGAUCCGCAAUGGUGGGCAUCAUCAUCACAAUCAACAUCCUCAGCAUCAUCAUCAUCUGAAUGGUGCGCUGCCCGCUGUUGGCACGCUGCAGAAACAGGAUCUUCGCUAUGACAUCGGCUCCAGUUCGCAAUAUCAACAUGUGCGACAGCCGAGCGUGCGCAGUCGCAGCCAGCUGCCGAUGCCCACCACCGAUGAACUGGAUCGUCGAUUUGCCAAAGUAUUGGCUUCAAUGGACCUGCCACCGGACAAAGCAAAGCUGUUGCGCAAUUACGAUGACGAGAAGAAGUGGGACAUGAUAUGCGAUCAAGAAAUGGUGCAGGCGAAGGAUCCACCCUCACAUUACUUGAGCAAAUUGCGGACAUAUUUGGAUCCAAAGGCAUCGCGUAGUCAUCGGCUUUACCUCUUCUACUUUCUUUGUCAGAAACGUAAGAUGGUAGGCGAAUCGACAUCCACUCAGGUGCUGCGGGAUCUCGAGAUCUCGCUGCGCACCAAUCACAUCGAGUGGGUCAAAGAGUUUCUCGACGAUACCAAUCAGGGCCUCGAUGCUCUUGUCGAUUAUCUCUGUUUUCGCCUCCAAAUGAUGCGACACGAGCAGCGUCUCCAGGACGCUCUCUGCGCAUCCGAGGAGCGUUUAAAUGUUACCAGCGGGCUCGAUUCCGGCGAGGUGGUGCUGAGCAACAGCUCAUUGAGUCCGGGCGGCGUUGGCGGCACUGCCAAUCACAAUAAUGUCUCUCUAUUGCUGGACAGCUCGCGACAGCCAGGUGCCGCACAUGGCAAUCACUCGCAUUCCUAUAGCUUUGUGCGACCCACCGAGGUCCUGGACAGUCCCAGCCUGAAGCGUCGCUCGCGGCACAUUGCCAAAUUGAAUAUGGGUGCGGCCACAGAUGAUAUACACGUGUCCAUAAUGUGCCUGCGUGCGAUCAUGAACAAUAAGUAUGGCUUCAAUAUGGUCAUCCAGCAUCGGGAGGCUAUCAACUGCAUCGCUCUGAGUCUGAUACACAAAUCUCUGCGCACUAAGGCGCUGGUGCUGGAGUUGCUGGCGGCCAUUUGUUUGGUGAAGGGCGGACACGAGAUCAUCCUGGGCUCGUUCGAUAAUUUCAAGGAUGUGUGCCAGGAGCAGCGGCGCUUCCAAACGCUCAUGGAGUACUUCAUGAACUUUGAGGCCUUCAACAUUGACUUCAUGGUCGCCUGCAUGCAGUUCAUGAACAUUGUUGUGCACUCCGUCGAGGAUAUGAACUAUCGCGUCCACUUGCAAUACGAGUUUACGGCCCUGGGUCUUGACAAGUAUUUGGAGCGCAUUCGCCUCACCGAGUCCGAGGAGCUUAAGGUGCAAAUUUCCGCCUAUCUCGAUAAUGUUUUCGAUGUGGCUGCCCUGAUGGAGGAUUCGGAAACGAAAACAUCGGCACUGGAGCGUGUCCAAGAGCUGGAGGAUCAGCUGGAGCGUGAAAUUGAUCGCAACUCGGAGUUUCUCUACAAAUUUGCCGAGCUGGAGACGGAGAAUCUGACCCUCAAAGCGGAGCGCGAGCAGCUGGCUGUGAUGCGACAACAGCUGGAGGAGCAACUAAAUGCGCUGCAGCGCAUGUUGCAACAAAACGAACAGGAGCUCAAGAAGCGCGAUACACUGCUGCACAACAAGAACCUGGAGCUGCAAACUCUUUCGCGUUCCCUGCCACGUUCCGCGUCCAGCGGCGAUGGUUCCCUGGUGAAUGGCAGCCUGUUGACGGGCUCAACAGGUGGCACAAUCUCGCCGCCACCACCACCGCCGCCACCGAUGCCAGCAGCAACAGCAGCACCACCACCGCCGCCACCACCAGCGCCACCUGCACCGCCACCGCCGCCUAUGAUGCCCGGUCUGAGUCCACUGGUCAGCCCAAAUGGCAGCAUCACUUCCACAGUACCCUCGCCGCCACAUGCGCCGUCCAUGCUCAGCUCGUUCCAGCCACCGCCGCCGCCAGUGGCCGGCUUCAUGCCAGCCCCUGAUGGUGCUAUGACCAUCAAGCGCAAGGUGCCCACCAAAUACAAGCUGCCCACACUUAAUUGGAUAGCACUCAAGCCGAAUCAGGUGCGUGGCACUAUUUUCAAUGAGCUGGACGACGAGAAGAUCUUCAAGCAAAUUGACUUUAAUGAGUUCGAGGAGCGCUUCAAAAUUGGCAUUGGUGGUGGCCUGCAUAAUGGCAGCAAUGGCACCGAGGUGGAUGGCACCCUGUCAACCUAUCCCAGUAAACGUUUCAAGAAGCCCGAUAAUGUGUCGCUGCUGGAGCACACGAGGUUAAGAAACAUAGCAAUCUCACGUCGUAAACUGGGCAUGCCCAUUGACGAUGUUGUCGCCGCCAUACAUAGUUUGGAUUUGAAGAAGCUAUCGCUGGAGAAUGUCGAGCUGCUGCAAAAGAUGGUGCCCACCGAUGCGGAGGUCAAGGCCUACAAGGAGUACAUAAUUGAGCGCAAGGAUCAACAGCUGCUCACCGAGGAGGACAAAUUCAUGUUGCAAUUGUCGCGCGUCGAACGCAUCUCCUCCAAGCUGGCCAUUAUGAACUACAUGGGCAACUUUGUCGAUAGCGUGCAUCUCAUUAGUCCACAAGUACUAUCGAUUGCCAGUGCCUCCAACUCUUUGAAGCAAUCGCGCAAGUUCAAAGCUGUGCUGGAAAUUGUGCUGGCCUUUGGUAACUAUCUCAAUAGCAACAAGCGUGGUCCUGCCUAUGGCUUCAAACUGCAGUCGCUGGACACACUGAUUGACACAAAGUCUACUGAUAAGCGCUCGUCGCUGCUGCACUAUAUUGUGGCCACCAUAAGGGCGAAAUUUCCGGAACUGCUGAGCUUUGAGUGCGAACUGUAUGGCACGGAUAAGGCGGCAUCUGUGUCGCUGGAGAACGUUGUGGCCGAUGUGCAGGAACUGGAUAAGGGCAUGGAUCUGGUGCGCAAGGAGGCCGAUCUGCGUGUUAAGGGCACACAGACGCACAUCUUGCGGGAUUUCCUCAACAACAGCGAGGAUAAGCUGAAGAAGAUCAAGAGCGAUCUGCGGAUGGCGCAGGAUGCGUUCAAAGAGUGUGUCGAAUACUUUGGCGACUCGUCCCGCAAUGCAGAUGCGGCUGCCUUCUUUGCGUUAAUUGUGCGCUUUACGCGCGCCUUUAAGCAACUCGACCAGGAGAACGAACAACGUCGUCGACUGGAACAGGCAGCCGCAUUGGCUGCAUCGAAAAAGGAGAGCGAUCAGGUUAUGAUGCGCAACAAGUUCAAUCAGAAGAAGCAACAGUUGCCUACAAACUGCGCACUUUCCUUGCAGGAUGCCGUCAUCAACGAGCUGAAGAGCAAAACGCAUUCGGUGCGCGAGAAGAAACUGUUGCAACAGGACGAGGUUUACAAUGGUGCACUGGAGGACAUACUGCUGGGGCUGAAGAGCGAGCCGUAUCGCAGGGCGGACGCUGUGAGACGCUCUCAACGCCGACGCAUUGACAAUAAUCGGUUGUCACGCACGCUGGAAGAGAUGGAUUGCUAGACUAGAAAUAGAUCCCAGCUGGCUGGCUGACUGUGAAAAUGGGGCGUGGGCAAAGGCAAAAAUCAAAAUUCAAAUGCGAAACGAAAAACGAAGCUGCAAACUGCAAUAUGUGAUUGGGCGAUUAAAUUGUUUAGACACACACACAAACACUCACACAUACACAUUCCCGUCCCCUCUACCUUAAAUACCCUUGUGUUUUCCUAUUCGAAUAUAUAUAUAGAUAUAUAUAUAUAUAUUUCUCGUUUAUAUUUUGCUUAACAAGCCAAAAUAGUAUCUCAAAAUUUGCAGUACUAUUGAAUCUCACUUUAAUUUGACAUAUUCCAUCAAUCGCCAAAAAUUUGUAGAAUUGCGUUUUAUUUUUUGGUUGCAUAUCGAUAAUAAGUUACAAGUUUACAAAAUUUUACAUUGUAUUUAUCAACGUUUUAUUGUUAAAUUAAAAGUGUGUAAAUAUAUGUAUGCAUAUAUAUAUUUUGUAAUCAUUAUUUUCUUGUAUAAGUUUUAAACCAAAUUGGAGUUUUUAUUUUUGCAUCCGAGAUGGCAAAAAAGUUUUUAAUAAAUCUGCACCAAUUUUGUAUUUACACAUUACACAUUUCGCACACACUACUGCUUAGACGAAAAAUAUUAUUGCAAUAAUAAAAAACUCGAAUAGAAGCGCCAAAUAUUGCAAGCAACAUGAACAAUUUAUGUACACGAAUACAAUUUUCUUAGAAAGUUUUUUAAAAAUAUACACGAAAACAAUUGAAAAAAUAAACAUUUUAUAACAUUUUAUGUAGAUUUUGUAUACAACAUGCAUAUUAUAGCUAUGCAAUUUAUGAGCCAAUUUAUUCUCACAAGCCACGAAAUUUUGACGAAGACUGAUAUGGAGCAGUUAAUAUAGAAAAACAAUACAGCAAAAUACACAUAUACAUUUAUACAUACUUACAUACAUUAUACAAUUAUUAAACAAAAAAGCUUUGUAACGAUCUUUUUCAUACAGACGACUAGUGUCUUUCCUUUUAUUAAAACUUAACGAAUUUAGUUGAACUUUAAGCACACAAAAAUGUACUGCGAGAAAUACAUAAAUAUACAUAUACAUAUAUAUGUGGUGCCAUUGGCAUGAAUGGCAUGGUCCUUAUGCAUAUCAUUUCGUAACAUUGUUUUUCUUAUUUGCAAAAACAAAAAAACAAAUAAAGGAAGUGAAACGAACAUGAGGGCGAAAAGUUGAAUAAACUAGCACGCUGCAUUGUUAGUUUUAAAUAUUGUGUUAUUUAAUUUGAUAAGAAACCAGCUUGGUAUACGAACAAGAAUUAGACAAACAGAUGCCGCAUUUGAUAUAUAGAUAUACAUACACACACACAUACAUAUUUAUAUGAACACUUUAACUAUUUUAAAUAAAUUAUUAACCAAAUAAACUAGCCAAAAGACAUAA